GGAAGCGACUUUUUUUGGGAAGCCGAACAACAGCGGGGAGAGGCACUCAGGCGCCAGGUGUCAGCUUGAAUCAAGCCAGCCGCAAUACUCGACCCCCGCACCCACGAGAUGUGGAUCUUCCUCCCGCUUCCCGUGAUCUGACACACCGCACGCCAGGACCGACUUGACCAAGACACCCAGACUGCCAGGAGACGGUCAUGGCCGAGACCGCAGCGGACAGCGAGCCAAUGCCAGUCACUAGCGUGUCCGAGACCACAGACCAACAACCACCCACCACGGACCAACAAGGAGCCGCCGCUAUGGACCUGCAGUCACAACAGGCGGAGGAGGGCGGCAAGGAGGCCGAGAGCGAGCCGGCGGCCGCUGCUGCCAACGAGGAUGAGACGGGCGGUCCACUCGUACCAGCAUCUUCUGCCUCUCAGCCAGACGACAGUGGACAGCCUGAGGGUCAAGAGGCAGCCGCCGGUGGCGAUGGCGGCACGGUCACGUCGCUCGAUGAGGCCCAGCCCGAGACACAGGAGGGUGACGGGGUGUCUCCUGAGGCGAGCGGCCCUUCCGUCCCAUCGGUGGAGCUCAUCGACAUUGACAAGAAGGCCGACGCCAGCGACAUGAGCACCGGCGCAUCGCCGCCGGCAGCCAUCAGUGCCAGCGGUGAGAGCGAUGUGGUCGCCAGCGCCAGCGCAGAGCCCAACACGGCCGAUGUGACCGCCACCGAGGCGAGCAAACAGGAGCAGGAGCAGGAGCAGCAACAAGGGCAAGAGAGAGAACCAGGGCCGGAGGAGGGCAACAAUGGCGCGGAGGAGGAGGCCAGCGCACCACCACCGGCUGCAGAAGAAAGCAAGACGGAGGAAGCAGCUGAAGCUGAAGCUGGCGUGACAGCCGAUGCCAAUGGACAAGAGAACAAGACCCAGCCAGAGGAGGAGGGCAACCAGCAGCAGCAGCAGCCAUCGGAGGCUUUACAAGAGGCCGGCGAAGAGACCAAGCCAGACAACGAGACAGCCGAGGCCUCAUCAGCGGCACCACCAGCCCCGGUCCCUGCCAGUGAUCAGAGCAUCACCAUCGAGGCUCCGACGAAGAACGAGCGGUCAUCGUCGGCCGACCUGACGUCGACGGGCGAGGCGGCCAAGGCAGCCGACGAGAGCUCCCCUGGCCACCUGGCCAAGCCUGAGGAGCCGCCCGAGAAGGGCAGCUCCUCCACCCCGCUGCCGGCCUCGUCGGGCCCGUCUGACAAGAGUCCCAGCCACCCUCCCCCGAUCACCCUCACACCCACCCCGCCCAACGGCAUCACGACCCCCAAGAAGGGCGAGAGGAGCGGCCGCACCACCGGCAUACGACCCCUCUCCGUCAAGGGCGGCAACUCGGGCGCCGCUCUACUCAGCCUCCUGCGCAACAAACCCACAUCGCCACAGGCACAGACGUCUUCGCCCGGCGAGGGAGGCGGCGGCCCGCAAGCCACGGAGAUCAACGGGUCGAUGCCCAAGGAGGCGGAGGACGCUCCCGCUGCUGCUGCUGCUUCUGGUGGUGCGUCGCAAAACGAGCAGGGUGGUGCAGGUGGCGGGGCGGGCAGACAGCGGCCCCUUGUGUAUCGCUACACGAUCGAGGAGCUCAAGAAGAUCGGCCAGCUGCCGCAAUGCAAGAUCAAACCCGCCAACCUCCACCAAUACGUCGACAAGUAAGCUCAGCUCCCUCCCGAACCACAGGCACACGACACCAUUCCACUCAUCAAUCAACUGUGCCCUUGUGUGUGCGUGUGUGUGUCUGUCCCAGGGAUUGCGAGCCGGUUAGCCGCGUGCAGGGCCAGCGUCAGGGUCGGAGCGACCACCACGUGCCCAAGAUGGCGCCGCCCCACGGACACCGAAUGAGGCGCGAGAGCGACGCGGCUGGGGAUGAGGAGGGCGAGGGUCCGCCCCACGGCGGCCGCAUGGACCGACAGCGAGGCGACAGGGACAGGGACAACCGCGACCGCAACCGAGACCAACACGACCGCGACAAUAGAGACAGGGGCGACAGAGGAGACCGAGAACGAUUCAGAGGUAGGAAGGAAUCCUCACACCUCACUCAACGCACACAAGGCCAAGGCUCUCUCCCUCCCUCCCUCCCUCCCUCACUCGUGUGCACCGCAUGUGUGUCUAUGGCGUAUAGGUGAGGGCAUAGUCGGCCCAGCGCCGGGCAUCUAUCGCGAGGGUGACCGUGACCGCGAGUACCGACCACGGCGGUCGCCGAGGGACGGAUACAGGGAGGGAGACGAGGACGGCAGGCGCGGCGGCAGACAGUAAGCAGAGCAGACGACACACCGCCACAAACAGAUAGAUACAACCAACACGGAGGAGUGGAUGGGAUGCACUGCACCUUCUGUCUCGCUCAGUGACGAUCGGUAUCGCGACCGUGACGAGGACAACGGUGUUCGCCAGCCGCGGGACGGCAGAGGGGGCCCCGGCAGGGGAGACUACCGCGGAAGGAGAGAUACAUACGGUGGGCGGGCGGACGACACAUCUAGAUCUGCCACACAGCGAUCCAUCUCAUCUCAUUGUCCCUCUCUCGGUCUGCCUUGUGUGGGUGGACUCAGAUCACGAUGAGGAGGAUGACCAGCGGGACCGCCGCUCACGCCAGUCGCGCAGCCAGCAGCAGCAACAGCAGCAGCAGCAGCAGCAGCAUGACGACUACUGGGACGCCCCGCCCGAAGGCCGCCGUGAUCGCGGGCUGAUGCCGCCACCGCCACCGCCCCGUGAGCAUGACGACCGUGGGCUGCUGGGCGCGGCGCCCGGGGCACUCAUCACAGCGGGGGAUGAGGAGGGCAAAGAGGGCAGGUGCGCAUGUCAUGUGCAUACGCAGGCACAAAGGGGAGCGACUGAGAUAGCGACUGUCUGUCUGUUCAGGGGUGACCGUGACGGCGGGCGUCAGAACGAGGGCAGCAGGACUAUGUGGAAGAAAGUCGAUCCCGACAAGUGAGUGCGACAACACACACAUGCCAUGACCGCUCCCCCCCAUGCAUGCAUCCGAUGGAUGAUAUAUGUUGGUAUUCUUCCUUCCACCUUUCAGGAAGGGUGGCUCUGAGGGUUCGGUGCCCGAGAAGGCCCCCGAGCCGCAGACGGCCGCCGGCCGCCAGGCGGGGCCCAGCGAGAAGCGACGAGUCGUCAACCGCGAGAAGCCCAUCCAACCCAGACAACAACCGGACAAAGACAAGUACCCGAAUGCGUCCACUCAGACACCGAUGACAGCUGCAUGUGGCUAUCUAUGUUUGCGUGUGUUGUGUCAUGUGACCCAGGGAGGAGGUGCCUGAGAAGACCGACCGUGGCCCGGCUGCGGGUGCAGGUGGUGGUCGGCGUGACGAGCGUCAGGGGCGGGAGGCCGAGAGGGAGAGGGAGGGCCGCCGCCAACAGGACGGCAGACGACAGGUCUACGCCGAGAAAGAAGGAGAAAGGUGCGCCCGUCCGUCCGCUGCAUCGCAUCUGGCACAUCACAUCACAUCCCACACGCAUCUCAUCUACCGAAUUAAUGCUUCCUCUCUCUCUCUGUCCGCGCCGCAUCACGCGCAGGCGGCCGUCGAUAGGUGGUGUGGUUGAUGGAGGUGCUGGUUUGCUGCCGACCCCUCCCGAGUUGGCGCAGCAGCAGCGGGACCGCCAGGAGGCCGACAGGAGGAACCAAAACAGAAGGGGAAACGAGCCUAUGAAGAAAUACGUCCCCAGGGUGAGUGAGCCAGCUAGUCGGCGCACACACUGAGGCAGAUCGACACGAAACCUCCUCUCUGUGUGUAAGUCUCAGGUGGACAAGGACGGUAUGAUGCAGCACGAGGACGGCUACCUGCACCAUGGCAGCCGGGGCGAGGGUCGGCGCGACAGGUACGGCCACGGCCACCACAGGAGGGGCGAUGACGACGGCGGCGGAGGGGACAUGUGGGACCUACCCGAACCCGGACAAGGGUACCCACCCACAACACACACCACACCCACAAUACGAUACGAUGUGGUCUUAACUUAUGAACAUUGCUCGUGAAUGCAUUGUGGUUGCAGUCCGAUGGAUGUGAGUGGGAUUUUUCACCUGGGCGACAUCCGCCAGGCUGAGGCGGCCAUGAAGGAGAAGGGCCUCUCCAUCAACAAGUACGCCGAGGCGGUGCAGAAGGGCGAGAUCAUGAUGCCCUCGCCGCCCCAGCCACCCUCCCAGCCGCCCCCACCACGACCCCUCAACCACAUGGGCAUCUACUCGCCCGUCGCGGCGCCCCCCAGCGGCCCGCCGCCACCAUUGCCGCCAAUGGAAGAACCCAUCUUCGUCGAGGAAGACUCAGACGAGGUGUGUGUGUGUGUGUGUGUGUCAACGGGUGUGCCUCAUGCUUGUCGGUGUCUGUUUGGUGUGUGCUUUCUCGUCAGGUGGUUGCUGGGUCGAGGCUCUUCUCGCAAUGGGUAAGUGAGCAGGGGAGCGAGCGACAAAGCAGAGAGAGGCACAGACAUGGCUGGCGCAGCAAUCACCCUGUGUGUGUGUGUGUGGAUGUCUGUCUGGUGUGUGCAGAAGGCCGGUGGCGGAGGCCACCACGACGCCGGCGGGCGGCACAUAAUGGAAAUGGUUAUGGGAGGCGGCCAGCAGGACGCACAGAAGCAACACGAAGGCUCACCCAGAGGUGAGACGGCACACCGCCACACACUUGUUGGCUUGUUGCCUCAAAUCAAUCAAUCAAUCCAUCCACCCGUUGGGUGUCUGUCAUCCAUCCAUAUAUCAGGUGAGAUGGACAUUCCCCGUCGUCAGCAGAGCGAGUUGUUCCGCAAGCAGAUCGCCAUGGUGGCAAAGCAGCACGACCAAAUGGACAACAAAGUCAGGACACAACAGCUCCCAGGCAACAUCGCCGCACUCAUGCAGGUAGGUAGGCGGCAAACCAAACCAACAGGCAAACACACCACACCGCCCUCCCUCCCUCUAAUGUGUUCUCUCCCUCCUCUGUCGAUUCCUCUGUCUGUCAGCACGACUCGAGCGUGACGUCCAAGGGUUCCGGUGUGUAUGCUGAGGACCUGGAGCACCACUUCAUGGCCCGCCAGACACCCACCGCCAGGCCGCAGCCCGAGGACGCCAAGAGCAAAAUCAUGGGACUGCUCUGUAAGAAAGACCACAGACAGACAGACAAACCAGCCGAGUCGCACACACACACGGACUGUACGCCCAUGAACUUCUCUCUCUUAUGCUGUGUGCAUCCAUCGUGGCAGCGUCCAAGAGCACUCGCACGGGUCUCGGCCAGGGGCAGGAAGCCGGGCAGAAGAUACUACAGCUACUCGGUACAGAAAAACACACACACACCCCAUCGCCCCCCACACACCACGCCACAUAGAACACCAUAUACUGUGUGUUUGAUCAAUCAGGUGGCGGUUCUGAGUCAGAAACCCCCACCAGCCACCUCAGUCGCCAGGCCUCCCUCACCCAGCAGCAAGGCGGCAGCUCUCGCCCUCCCUACCCCAUGGACCACCAGCAGCAGCAGCAGCAGCCCGGCCCUCCCAAGCCUGCCGCCCCCCCGCCCGCCGAUUCCCAGCAGAGGGUCAUGGCGCUGCUCGGCAAGGCCGGUGGCCGCACCACCAGCCGACACGACACUGGUGCCAGUGAGGGCGGCAAGAGGAUCACCAUUGACGAGCUCUUCGCAUCGGCCAAGCAGCAUGAGAGCCACCAGAGGGGCGGCAGCCCUCUCCUCGCGCCCUCUGGGUCGAUGACGCCAUCGGGCAGCUCGCAGCAGGCUGCUGCCGCUGCUGCUGCUGGGGCGGCGGGCGGGAUGGGCUACCCACAAAAGCAGCCACCUUACCCCACACAAGGCUAUGCACAGAGGUGAGAAUGCUCGCAAGAUCGUCACACUCACACCCCCUGAUCUUCAUUUGUGUGUGUCUUGGUGUGUGGAUCGAUCAGCCCGGCGGCUGCCAUGUCCCACCAGGCGCCCUCUGCCAUGCCAUCCCGCCCCAUGCAGCAGCCGCCGUCCCUCUUUGCACAGCCUGGUCCUGGCCCCGGGAUGCAGCAGCAGCCCCCCCAGCCCCCUUCGUCGCUUCCCUCCCAGCCGCCCCCGCCUCCCGGCCCACGACCGGGCGGCAGCACCUCGUCCAUGACGAUGGGCAUCGUGGGCGCCACACCUAUGGGCAGCAUGCCACAGCAACAACAGCAGCAGGGCACCAUGCCGCCGCAGCAGCAGCAGGUCAGGGAGAGAGCUGUUCGUUCGUUUGUCCAUCCAUGUCAUCGUGUGUGUGUUGUGUCUCUUUGUGCUGUGUGUCUGUGCUGCAGGCGCCCCCGUCUCAGCUCAGUACGACGGAGUACUUCAGCAAGGUCGGCCUGAGCCAGCAGGACCUCAACCAGAUCAGGGAGCGCACCGGCUGGUCCGACACCGAGAUACUUCGCGUCAUCCAGGACUUCAAGUCCCAGAAGACGACACCACCGCAGCCCAAGAUGAUGCCCACACAGCAGCAGCCACAGCCACAGGGAGGCCUCCCACCGUCCAGUCACCCCCCACAGCCCCCAUACCAGCCGCCACCCCCUCCCCCCAGUCAGGCCGCUGCUGCAGCGAUGCGGCCCCAGCAGCCACAGCCGAGUGGCUACCCCACCCCGCCUCCGCCGACGACGCAGCCGCCACUCAUGCAGACGACCUCACCACAGGCGGCCCAGAUGUAUGGGCAGCAACAACCGCAGCAGCAACAGCAGCAGCAGCCGAGAUAUGGGGCCCCUGGUGGGGUCACGCCCCAGCAGCAGCAGCAGCAGCAACAACAACCGCAGCAGCCUCUGGGAGGCGGCAUGGGUAUGCAAUCACCCCAGGCACAGAUGCCCGGCGGAGUACAGCCGCACACACAGUAUCCAAACCAGGUGAGAAGAGACACAGCCACCACACACACGUAGAGGAUACCUACCAUAACCCCUCCCCGACUGGCCUCUUUGUCUGUCUGCAGCCACCCCCGCCCCCUCCCGGCCGCCCUGGCUCGUCGUCGGGUUUGUCGAUGACGCAGCAACCCCCCUAUCGCACUCCAGCCCCCACCCCGCAGGCAGGAGCCUACCCCUCACAGCAGCAAGGCAUCAUGGGCAAGACGCCUCAGCCCACUGAGCCCCCCUCCACCACUCAGCCGCUGCCCCCACUGCUGCAGAGCCAUGCAGCAUCGCCGGCGGCCGGCUCGCUGCCCUCUGGUGUCGGUCAGCAGCAGACGGCCUACUCGGCUGGCCCCCCUCCGUCGCAUCCCCCCUAUGUGCCGCAGCUGUCUUCCACUGCGUCGACGCCCAACUCCACCUACCGGACCAUGCAGCAGACUGCCCCGCCACAGCAGCAGACAGGGGCGCCAUCUGCCCCUUCGCCCAGCGCCAAUUACCCCUACUAUGGCGGUGGUCCGUCGUCGGGCAUGCCUGCCCCGACCACCAACGGGGGAGGGGGCGUGACGCCCCCCAAGGCCCCCGCGCCACAGGCACAGUGGCAGCCCCAGUCCCAGCCGCAGUCUCAGGGCAGCUUGCAGCAGACACAGCCGGCUCGUCAGGGAUACCCCGCUCCGCCAGUGAGUGGUGCUCCUGCCGGGCAGCAGCAGCCCUUGUACGGCACCAACCUCCCACCACCACAGGCCCAGGUCGGCCAGCAGAGGCAGGGAGUGCCCCUCCCGACCACACAGCCGCCACUACAGCAGCAACAGCAGCAGCAGCAACAGCAGAUGCCGCUACGGUAUGGGCAGUCGAGUGGCGGUCUCUCGUCGUCGUAUGGCGUCUCUCCGAGCCCCCCGUCGACUCCUGGCUCUGGUGUGGGUGCGUAUGGUGGCCAGCCGUCGUAUCAGCGGCCGCAGAACCCACAGCUGCCGAGCGGUGUCAUGUCGCCCUCUGCUGGCCAGCAGCAGGGGGGUCUCCUGAGAGGCCGACUGCAGAGCGGAGAGCAGAUGCUGGGCGGCGGGUACCCGCCACAGCAGCAGGCACAGCCUCAGCCACAGCCACAGCAGCCGCCCCCGGCUUAUGGGAUGCAGCAGCCGCCCAUGCAGCUGCCCAACAGAAGAGGUGAGACCAAACCAGACCAGACACACAUGGGCGGGCGAGGCAGACACGCUUACACAUGGGGUGUGUGGGUGUGAAUGUGUGUGUUGCAGUUGACGGCGUGCAGCCGCCUCCCCCGCCCCCGAGCGGCCAGACGUCCUACACCACAUGAGCAAUGAGAGAGAGAAGGGCCGUGGGCUGGUCGGUGAUCGUGUACAUGAUGCAUCAACGGAUUUUUGCACCACACAGACACAUGCACAUCACGGGGAGGGUGGUGGCUGGCUGGCUGACUGACUCUUUUAAGGUCAAGCAGCGCGACCGAUGGAUGCGUGGAGGACAGGCAAUGUUUGAGAGAGACCUGGUGGAUGGAUGGAUGGGCUCUGCCUUUGUCAAGAGAGCGAGCCGGUCGGUCUGAUCUGAUGCUGGCUUCCCCUGCCCCCUAUCCCUCUCGUGUAUGCCCCUCCCACCCUCCCUCCCUCAGUAUCUCCCUCCCUGACUCCCGGUCUGGCUGCCCCUCGCUGAUUCGAACGCCGUGCCCGACUGCCGGCAUUGUUUUGUACGGCUGCGUGGGCGUACGAUCGGGGGGAGGCGGCUGCGGCCCUCUCUCUCUCUCUCACCUGCCCCUAUGCCCCUCUCUCUAUCUCUCUCUCUGCUUUCUGCUUUCUGCCGAGUGUUUGUCUGCGUGGCGAGAGCUUACGCUACCUGUGGGGCCAACACACACGACCCUCUUCUCUCUCCUCUCGUGAGCCGCGCUGCCUGCCUGCCUGCCUGCCCCUAUUUCUGGUCGGUGCAAUGGCGUGGCAAAGCACUGUGUGAACGCAUCCCAUCCCAUCCCAUCCCCCUCUCUCCCCCCUCGGCCCUCCGAAAUGAGGCGAGAUUCGGUCCUUUGCCUCAAGCACAGAGAGAUGCAUUCAUGUCUCUCUGCUGGUGCCUGCCUGCCUGGCUGGCUGGCUGAAUGGCUGGGUGUGUGGUUGGAUGGGUGCCGGUAAUUCGUUGGCCUUGUUGAGCUAGCUAUUUUUUCACUUGGUGGAUUGGAUUGGGUGGAAGAGAACGGGUCGAUCGAUCGAUCAAUCGGCUGGGCGAUAGAGGUGCUGGCUGGUGCUGGCUGCUGUUUGGGCGCCCCAGCGUCCGAGUGGCUCUCGCUCAGUCGCCAUGACAUGACAGCGGGUCAAUUCGAGUGCAGCCUGGGGAUAGAGAGAGGAUGUGGUGUGGCGUGGUGUGGUGUGGAGUGGAGUGGGUUGAAGCAGGUCGUGCGUAUGGUGCCUGCCUGCCUGCAUGGCUACUCGUGAAUGGCCUCCCUCGUGUGUUUCUCUCUCUCUCUCUCUCUCUAUCUCUUUGUGGUACGUGUAGGUGUGGCUGUGUGGCUGUGUGCGUGGGUGUACUCUAUGGCUGUCUUAGCGGCUUUGUGAACGAAUGGAUGGAUGGAGGUGCUGCGGUGUGGUGUGUGGCGCGUGCUGAUGAAGUGACUUACUGGUCUUCAUGCUGCCUGUCUGUCUGUCUGCGUAACACGCGUGAUCUGUUCAUGUGUGUGUGUGUGUCCAUGUGCGUGUAGCUGAUGGAUGCUGCGUGCGAUUGCGAGCCUUUGUGAGUGUCUCCCUAUCUGCCUUUCUGCCUCCCUAUCUACCCUACCACCUUUGAUACGUAUUUGACGACACACACACACCCUUGUCCAUCCAUCCAUCCAUCGAUCCGCUCACUCGGUCACUCUUGCUGCUGGCUGCCUGUCUAAUCCUGUGCACACCCGCCCCACCACACGCCGGCCUGUGCACGCCACCAUAUCUGCUGUAUUGGUUUUGCCUCACCUCACCGCAAGCACCGCUCUGCCCACCACCCCCUCAUGUGAGCGAGAGACAGUCACGUGACUGACUGACAGAUGGCCGUGGUUUCUUGAGACGCCCUGGAGGGCGGCUAUGUUUCUGUGGCUGUGAUGCGCUCACUGGGGAUGGAUGAAUGGAUGGACAGACAGCUUUCAUCUCCCCCUUCACAUCACACUCGCUGCGGCAGUUCUCGCUCGGAAGUUUUUUGGCCAUGUCCACCAACGACAGACAGUUCUUCUUCUGACUUGGCCAAAAAAAGGCGGCAGUGAGCGGUGUGGAAAGCAAAAGCCAUCGUCUGACUUGUUUUGACGUUGCUCAUCUGACCAACCAACAAGCAAGAGAUAUAUGUGGCCAGCGGGUAGUGACUGGGUGGAUGAGUUUGUAAUAGCGGUUUGCAGAGCGAGACAGCGGGCCGUGUGUGUGUGGGUGGCUGAAUGGAUGGAUGGAUGGGUGGGUGGUGGUGGUAGUGGUGGUGGUGGUGGUGCUUUGUCACAACGCAUGUGUGUGCGCUUUCAAAGGGCUGGGCUGGCCAGCUCACGUGUGUGUGGAUGUGCGUGUGCGUGUGCAUGGGUGUGGAUGGAUGGAUUCACUGUGACCCUCACUGCAAUGCGUUCAUUGAUCCAUUGAUCCAUUCAUUCAUGGGACUCACACGUGUGUGUGUGCUGUGCACACCCGGCCAUUCAUUCAAUUCAUCAACAUGCCUG